AAGCGCCGCACAGCAGCCACAUCCCUUUGUCGGACCCGUACAUGCUGCUUCAGUCAGCUACAGCAGUUGUGUAGUGCUGAGUACUCUCAUUGCUGCUCGCGAGAGAAUCUGCCAAUUGCGUCUGCCAGCGGAAAAGCCUCCAUUCCAGCGAUCCCAACGGCACACAGGAAAGGAAAGGAAAGGAAAGGAAAGGAAAGGAAAGGAGAUACAGUUUAGGGUGGAGGUGCGGCGUCCAAUAGCCAGGAGACGAACGGAGGCGAGGCAAGAUGGGGGAGGAGUCGAGCAAGGCGAUGCUGCGGGUCACUGGCGUGAUUGCCCAGUACUGGGUCGUGAGCAUCUCCUUGGUGUACAUCAACAAGUUUAUCUUGUCGGAACAAUCGGCGCCAAUUUUCAUCACCUGGUCACAGUGCAUCGUGACAUGCGUCAUCUGCUGGGUGUGCGGGGCCCUGGGGGAGAAGAUGCGCGAGACGCAGAGCGGCGCGACGAGGGAGAAGGCCGAGGAGGGGGGUCACGCGGUCGGGAAGCCGUCACCGGACUCUUCCUUCCUUGCGGGAUUCCCGAAGGCGCGGUACGACCGAGACGCGGCGAUCAAGGUGUUGCCGCUGUCGAUGAUAUUCGUGCUCAUGAUCCUGUCCAACCAGCUCACGCUCAAGUACGUCGAGGUGUCCUUCUACAACGUGGCUAGGUCGCUGACUAUCGUGUUCAACGCGAUUUUCAGCGUAAUGAUUCUUGGUUCCGUGGUUAGCUGCCGCACCAUCGCCUGCCUGGCGGUCGUCAUUACAGGUUUCAUAGUAGGCUGCGAGGGGGAGGUGCAGCUCUCGGUCCUGGGGGUGCAGUGGGGGCUCAUCUCCAGUGUGUCUGUCAGUCUCAACUCCAUCUACACCAAGAAGGCGCUCCCCUACGUGAUGAACGACGCGUGGCGGCUGACUUUCAUCAACAAUGCCAACGCGUGCCUUCUGUUCAUCCCGUUCGUUGUCUACUUCGAGGGAGCCAUGCUGCGGGAGCAAGCGUCUACUGGUACGCUUUUCUCGAGGUCGAUUGUGACGGGCCUGGUUGUGUCGGGCGUCCUGGGAUUCUUGAUGGGGAUCGUUUCCGUCAUGCAGAUUCGCGUCACGAGUCCGCUGACCCACAACAUAUCGGGGACUGCCAAGGCGGGUGUGCAGAGCAUCAUGGCGUUUUACAUCUGGGAUAACGAGGCGACCGUCUUGGCUUGCGUGGGAAUCUUCUUGGUGCUGUUCGGGUCAAGCCUGUACACGUACGUCAAGAUCACGGAGGCGCAGAAAGGACAGGCGAAGGUCGAAGGCGGAAAGCCGCUCUUGCCCAAGUAAAUGAAUCAACCAAUCAAUCGUCUUCUGAGGAAUAGAUAGGCGCGUCGGCCGCCGCGACAAGGCGUGACCUUCCAUGCUUAGGGAUAGGUAGAGCUUCGCAAAACACGGCGGGUAAGAGGAAGGUUGGACGUCGGCAGCAGAGUCGGCAUCGAACGGUGUUGGUGCUUGGCGUGCUUGGUAUGGAUGCCACUUUAGGACGAGGCGGAACGCAGCUUGUUUGUCGCUGUGUUUUUUUAGUCUUGGCUGUUUUUCGUGUGGUGGGCGGGUGGACUUUGGCGUGAGGGUGGUCAACGGCAGCAGACGUGCCUGGUGUUUCGGUAGGAGGUGUGCACGGUAGUGCAGCAGCGGUGACGAUGAGGGUAAGACCGGGGGGAUGAAUGAUCCAAGAUGAUCGUGCCACAUGACCUGGAUGCCCGGAUAUCUUCUCUUAUCGUAGUCUUGUACUCUUGCUGGUUUCUGAUGCUGUUGCUUCUACCCCNCCCCCCCCCCCCCCCAGGGUAUUGCCGCCUUGUGGUCAAAUGUCCUUGUUGGGCUCUCUGGAACUUUUCAUGAAGGUAUCUUUUGUUCGCGAGCUCAUGUGGUAAGGCUGGCUAUGUUAGACGUGUACAUUUAAGGUUAGUUGCAUCAUGUCUGUGGAUCUGUCCUGUCGUGUUUAUUUUGAUUAUUUUUCCAUGCCCCCGGCAGCUGGACUAGCUAGCGUCCUCUGUUAUUGCCAGCGUGAGCGGUCGUGAACUUGAAAAUGUACGCAGGAAUCGCAGCUAAUGGUUGACCCCUUUUCAGACACCAAGCUACUGCUGAUGCCAUGUAUUUUUGCUAAGAGGGUUUGAGUAAAGCUGUGAGCAGGCGGUGUGGAAGCUCUCGAAGGUUUGAAUAUCGUUAUGUCUCCGUGUGCGGCUGGAUAUGGGAUACAAACAACGCAUGGUGUUUUUUUUUUUAUGUUUUGGUUGUUGUUGCGACAGAGCAUUGGGCGACGGCCGCUGGAGGUACGUUCGCUUGUGUAAAAAUCGAGAUUUUCUCCCUUUGUCUGUGUGGGUGGGGUGGGAGGGAGAGUCGUACACUACGAGAAAUUGCGGUAAGGGUGGCUUCGGAUGCGUGACGUCGCAGCAGUAGUUCGGCGUGUUGCUCUGGCAAGAGUGUGUGGCGCCGACAUGUCUGCUUGUUGUGACUUGGUCUCACGGCCGUCUUUUAUGAUACCCGAGCCUCCGUGGUGUGGUGUUCCAUCUAAAUCUAUCUGUCGGGCGCGCUUGGUGUUUGUCUUCUUAAUAGCGGGGAUGGAGAGAAUGGGGCUUGCGCCAAUCGCUGAUCACGUUCUCCCCGUCAUCAUGCUGUGGACUCUGGGUAUGUUGCCAAUUGUUGUUUGAAUCCUCUGCCGCCAACGUUGCAACAAGCACAAAACAUUGUCCUCACUCUCGUUUCCAUUCGG